AUGCCAGCAACGGCACAGGCCUUCAAUAGGAUAUUGGAUGAUCUUGCACGUCGGCAGCUUCUUCUUGAUUUUCAAUUUGGCGCAGCUGGAAGUAGCUAUGAAGCAAUCAGAAAUAUAGGUUCUGGUGCAUUUGGAAUCGUAUGCGAAGCAGUUGAAACAAAUUCAGGAACAAAAGUUGCCAUCAAAAAAAUCGGUCAUGCAUCAGCAACGCCAACUUCAGCUAGGCGUACAUUACGUGAAAUUCGAGUGCUGCGAAUAAAUGUUUAUCUUGUGAUGGACCUUAUGGAGGGCAAUCUUCAUCAUCUUAUUUAUUGUGGUGGCCCAAUGGAAGAUGAUUUAAUUUCACAUUUUCUGUAUCAAAUAUUACGAGGACUUAGGUACAUACAUGCUGCCGGUAUUGCUCAUCGAGACUUGAAACCAUCAAAUUUACUUGUAAAUGGCGAUUGUCAUUUACGCAUUGCUGAUUUUGGUAUGGCUAAAUUAGCAAUGAAAAAUCAAAUUGAAGAAGUGGAAGAACAUUCAUUCUACAUGACACAACAUAUAACUACACUGCCAUAUAGAGCUCCCGAGCUUCUUUUUGUGAUGCCAGAACAUUCAACAGCAGUAGAUUUAUGGGCAGUUGCUUGCAUUUUUGCUGAAAUGAUUAUUCGUCGGGAAUUAUUUCCUGGUCGAAGUGUAAGUGGACAAAUAAAAAUUAUUGUUACCAUGCUGGGUGCGCCUUCGGAAAAGAUUCUAAAUCAGAUUCAAUGCGAUCGAACACGACGUUUAAUUGAAAAUUUCGGUGACCAUCCAAUACGACCUUGGAACGAAAUUAUUCGCGAUAAAGCCGAUUCUUUUCAAACCUUGGAUUUAAUUGCUAAAAUGACCAAAAUGGAUCCGGAAGAGCGAAUUGAUGUUAAUGAAGCCAUUCAGCAUCCAUAUUUCAAAGAAUAUUAUCCUAAUAUUAUCAAUGAGCAAGCUUGCCCUUUCAAGGUGAAAAUGGAUAUGGCAGCGAUUGAAACUUUGUCCCAUGAGGGUCUUGUUCAAGCUUUGAUCAACGAUGUCCGUGGAGCGGAUGAAACUGAUUUUACAACUCAUUCAGCAGAUGUAGCAUUAACGCCAGGCGAUUCAUCCUCAGGAAUAUCUGAGGGAAGUACAUCAGCUAGUGAAGAUCUCCGGCAGAUGACAUUCAGAUAA